CCCUCCCUCAGCUUCCCCCAUUUUUUCUCUUCGAGCUAUCUGGAACAAUUUGCACCUGAGCCACACCUGGCAAACUCUUUACCACUCCGUUCCUGAUCCCCUGGAGUUCUUCAAUUGACUUCUACUCUUCAAUCCUUCCUCCAGCUCUCAACAUCUUGUCUUUCCCGCGGAGUUUGAGUGUCUGUAUCACUGUCAGUGUCUCUCAGGAUGUCUCAACAAAAGUCUGCCAUCCUCUCCGUCUACGAUAAGACUGGUCUGCUCGACCUGGCCAAGGGCCUCGUCAAGCAGAAUGUCCGGUUGCUUGCCUCCGGUGGUACGGCGCGGUUGAUUCGGGAGGCGGGCUUCCCUGUCGAAGAUGUCUCCGCCAUCACUCAUGCGCCGGAGAUGCUGGGUGGUCGUGUCAAGACUCUCCACCCUGCUGUCCACGGUGGUAUCCUGGCUCGUGAUAUCGAGUCUGACGAGAAGGAUUUGGCCGACCAGAACAUCUCCAAGGUCGACUUCGUUGUCUGCAACCUGUACCCCUUCAAGGAGACGGUGAAGAAGGUCAAUGUCACCAUCCCCGAAGCCGUCGAGGAGAUCGACAUCGGUGGUGUGACUCUCCUCCGUGCUGCGGCCAAGAACCACGCCCGUGUGACCAUCCUCUCCGACCCCCAGGAUUACCCUGAGUUCCUCAAGGAGUUGGAGGCCGGUGAUAUCACCGAUGCCAGCCGCAAGUCCUAUGCCCUCAAGGCCUUCGAGCACACCGCCGACUACGACACUGCCAUCUCCGGCUUCUUCCGCAAGGAGUAUGCUGGCAACGGCGACAAGUACCUGGCUCUCCGCUACGGUACCAACCCCCACCAGAAGCCUGCGUCUGCCUACAUGGUAGAGGGCAAGCUUCCCUUCAAGGCCCUGAACGGAUCUCCCGGCUACGUCAACCUCCUGGACGCCCUCAACGCCUGGGCGCUGGUCAAGGAGCUCAAGCAGGCCUUGGGCUACCCUGCCGCUGCCAGCUUCAAGCACGUUUCCCCCGCCGGUGCUGCUGUCGGUGUGCCCCUGAACGAGAAGGAGCGUAAGGUCUACAUGGUUGAUGACAUUCCCGGUAUUGAGACCUCUGGCUUGGCUCAGGCUUAUGCUCGUGCCCGUGGUGCCGACCGCAUGUCCAGCUUUGGUGACAUUCUUGCUCUGAGUGACAUUGUUGAUGUUCCCACUGCCAAGAUUGUCUCCCGUGAGGUCUCUGACGGUGUUAUCGCCGCCGGCUACACCCCCGAGGCUCUGGAGAUCCUCUCCAAGAAGAAGGGUGGCAAGUACCUUGUUCUCCAGAUGGACGAGAACUAUGUUCCUGCUGCCGAGGAGACUCGCACGCUGUACGGUGUGCAGCUCGCCCAGCACCGCAACGAUGUCGUCAUCUCUCCCCAGAAGACCUUCAACACCAUCAUCACUCCUAAGGACUUGAAGGCUCUUCCCGACUCCGCCCUGCGCGAUCUUACCGUCGCCACCAUCGCGCUGAAGUACACUCAGUCCAACUCCGUGUGCUAUGCUCUGAACGGCCAGGUCAUCGGUCUUGGUGCUGGCCAGCAGAGCCGUAUCCACUGCACUCGUCUGGCCGGUGACAAGGCUGACAACUGGUGGAUGCGCUUCCACGACCGUGUGCUGAACAUCAAGUGGAAGCAGGGCACCAAGCGUGCCGAUAAGAGCAAUGCUAUUGACUUGCUCUGCUCGGGUCAGACUCCUCGCAACGAGGCCGAGCGUGUGGAGUAUGAGCGUGUGUUCGAGGAGGUCCCCGCACCUUUCACCGCCGAGGAGCGUGAGUCUUGGCUGCAGAAGUUGAGCGAGGUUGCUGUCUCCUCUGAUGCUUUCUUCCCUUUCAUUGACAACGUCUUCCGUGCCGCCCGCUCGGGCGUCAAGUACAUUGCUGCCCCCAGCGGUAGCCAGAAUGACCGUCCCGUCUUCGAAACCUCCGAGAAGCUUGGUAUUGUCUUUGUUGAGCAGGGUACCCGUCUGUUCCACCACUAAGUCGAAAAGGAUGGGAAGGAUCCAUGCCAAAAAUCACACCUGCGACGGUUGUGUGUUUAUGAUGAUUUAAUACCUGAAACUGUGAUGAUCAAAGGCCUGCAAUAGCGAUAUCCCAAUUUUAAAAGUGCCUUGUUAUGAGA